AUGCUAGUAUUGGCCAAGCUUGUGACUUGCAGACAAAAGCUUUUAAAUUCAAAAGUUGAUGUCGGUUCAGUUAUUGUUACAAAACUUGAUCGUAAUGCUAAAGAUGGUGGAGCUUUAAGUACUGUUGCUGCAACGAAAUAUCCAAUUAUAUUUGUUGAUACUGGCGAACAUAUUGAUGAUUUUGAAGUAUUUCAAACGAAACGAUUUAUUAGUAAAUUAUUGGGUACGAUUGAUAUGCAAAGUUUAAUUAGCAAAGUCAAUGAUCUGAAAUUAGGAAAUAAUAAAGAAUUAUUUACAAAAUUUAAACAUGGUCAAUUUACAUUAAGGAAUAUGUAUGAACAAUUUCAAAAUAUCAUGAAAAUGGGUCCAUUUGGACAAAUAAUGAGUCUGAUUUUUGGAUUUAGUACAGAAUUUAUACCAAAAAAUAGUGAACAAGAAUCACAAAUGAUAAAACAAAUGACUGGUGUUAAAGGUUUAUCUAAAUCAGGAGAUAUGACAAAAAAUGUUAAUUCGACACAAGUGCAAAAAUUAGAUAGUCAAAUGAGUAAGCUAAUUAAUCCAAGAAUUUUACAUCAAAUCAGUGGUACAUUGAUGAUGCAACAAUUUCAACAAGAUAGUGAAUCAGAUGGACUUAAUAAAUUGUUUAGUUGUGAUACAUAA